AUGCAGGCGCGGCGUCUGGCCAAGCGCUCCAGCCUGGGCAGCCGCCGCGGGGGCGCCGCUCUGCAGCCGCCCGGGCCCGCACUCGCGUCCGCCAAGGAAGCCGCGCUGCCCGGGCUCCCGCCCCCUGCCCCGGGCCCUGCCCCGGCCCCGGCUCGGGAGAGCUGGAGGCCGCCCUUGCCGCCGCCGCCGCGCAGCUCCGGGACCGGCCCCCCUCGGGCCACCGGGGCCGCCGCCGCCGCCUCGUCGCCGGUACUGCUGCUUCUGGGAGAGGAGGACGAGGACGAGGAGGGCGCGAGCCGGCGGCGGAGGGGGCUCGGGCCGGUAGAGGAGAAGCCCCGAGGGGGCGCGGAGGAGGAGGAUGACGACGAGGAAGACGAGGACGAGGAGGUGGUCGUCGAGGUGGUGGACGGCGACGACGACGACGACGACGGCGAGGAGCGUUUCGUGCCCCUCGGACCCUGCCGCGCGGUCCCCAAGGGCCCGGCCCGGGGCGCGCUGAAGGUGGGGAGCAUUAAGCGGGAAAUGACCUUCACAUUUCAAUCAGAGGACUUAAAACGUGACUCCAAUAAAAAGAUGUCUCAUCAACACCUGUUCCCUUUGGCCAUGGAGGAAGAUAUGAAAACAGCAGACACCAAAAAAGGCCAUCGGAUCCUUGACCAUGAGAAAGAAAACACCCGCUCCAUCUGUCUGCUUGAGCAAAAACGAAAAGUUGUUUCUUCUAAUAUUGAUGUUCCUCCAGCAAGGAAAUCUUCAGAGGAGCUGGACAUGGACAAGGUGACAGCAGCCAUGGUACUAACCAGUUUGUCAACCAGCCCUUUGGUUCGAAGCCCUCCUGUGCGGCCAAAUGAGGGCCUCAGCGGAUCCUGGAAAGAGGGCACCGGCGUGCCUUCCAGCAGCAGCAGCAGCGGCUACUGGAGCUGGAGCGCCCCCAGUGACCAGUCCAACCCGUCCACGCCGUCGCCUCCACUAUCGGCUGACAGCUUCAAGCCCUUCCGCAGCCCGGCACCACCCGACGACGGCAUUGACGAGGCAGAAGCCAGCAACCUGCUCUUCGACGAGCCCAUCCCCAGGAAAAGAAAGAACUCCAUGAAAGUGAUGUUCAAAUGCCUCUGGAAAAACUGUGGGAAGGUGCUGAGCACGGCGGCAGGCAUCCAGAAACACAUCCGGACCAUUCACCUUGGGCGUGUUGGGGAUUCUGACUACAGUGAUGGCGAAGAGGACUUCUACUACACUGAGAUCAAGCUCAACACGGAUUCUGUGGCAGAUGGACUCGGCAGCCCGGCCCCGGUUUCACCCUCCCAAUCCUUGGCUUCACCUCCUACAUACCCCAUCCCAGAGUCAAGCCGAACAGACACUCCUUGUGCCAAAACAGACGCUAAACUGAUGACACCCCUGAGCCGCUCAGCUCCUACCACCCUCUACCUCGUGCAUGCCGACCAUGCUUACCAGGCCACACCCCCCGUGACUAUUCCAGGGUCGGCCAAGUUCACCCCCAAUGGCAGCAGCUUCAGCAUUUCUUGGCAGUCUCCUCCUGUCACUUUUACAGGCAUUCCAGUGUCACCAACACAUCCUCAUCCAGUGGGCACGGGAGAGCAAAGACAGCAUGCCCACACAGUGCUGUCCUCUCCACCCAGAGGGACAGUCAGCCUAAGGAAGCCCAGGGGCGAGGGCAAGAAGUGCCGGAAGGUGUAUGGGAUGGAGAAUCGAGACAUGUGGUGUACCGCCUGCCGCUGGAAGAAGGCCUGCCAGAGGUUCAUCGACUGA